AUUAAAGCAAUGAUAUCUGUUCUGUAUUUUCUGGGUUGAAAGUUAACAGAAAGCCAGCCGGUAUCGCGAAAGAAAUCGUUAAAAAUUAACGAUCGUUAGCAACUGGCGCAAUUGACGAUCGUUAAAUUUAGUGGCAGUCGUUUACAUCGAGCAAAGGCUACUUCGUGAAAACAUAAUGAUUCCAUUCUGUAUGCGGUUUUCAAAAAAACAGACCGAUUCUGAUGCCCAUAGAGGGUGCAUCAGAAGGGUCCUUUUCCUGUCUCUAACGAGCCUAUGUAUUAUGUGGGACACAGAUGACCUAGAUGAUUUUUAUAUUGGUUCAUGCGCUAUGAGAUCUCAGGAGGUUGUGAGUUUCUUCGAUUAGGCGUGCAUCUCCGGUGUAUAGGACAGGUUGACUCCUAACGGUGUGGCCGCUACCUCCGGAUAGUGCGCCGUGUUUAUGAUUCCUUAUGAGAUUCUUAUUUCUUACCAGCCUAUAGGAAGACCAAUCCCUGUCGAUAGUUCUGAGGCCCUUCGGAAGCUCUUUGGAGGUUAUAACUGUUUGCGUAGGAACAAUUACUCAAACAGAAACAGAGCGUGAUACUGGCUAGUUUUUUUUUAAAGAAAUGUUAGUACCUCACAUGUGUGGUGUCGCUCCACCACGCGCCCUUUGCAGCUGUUACCGGCGGAUCGGUAUUAGAAGCACUGAGGGAAGAAAAUCCCGAUUCAACGCUUCACAGCUGGCACAGUGUAAUGUCGACGUCACAAUUGUUACGCGAUCAUGAGUGUACGAUAUUCUAAGACUGGCUGCCGGCAUAUGCUGAGGUUAUCUAAUCGAAGCAACGUUAUCAGACCGGUGGACUUGCUCGCCGCCGCACCGGGGUCAGUAUUAAAGGUUGUUACUUCCGCUUCGGUCACCUUUUUGCUGUGCGAACUCAACGGAGGUAAGUGCAACCAUCAUCAUCCAAGUAAGCAUGUUGCUACGAAACGGAAAGAGCCACUUUAAUUUCCAAUAUACGUUUCAUACUUACUGUCGCGCCCGGAGUUUGAAGGAAAGAGAGGCCGUUUUAAGUUCCUCUGGAUUUUCGUGCUUGUCUAAAGUUGUCAAGUUGACAGGGGCGUUUGGCACGCACGAUACCACACAGGAAGCAUAAUUUACAUUUCAAGAAUAAUCAUUCCAUUCGGUCCGUCGGUCCGGUUCUGCAGUCCAAAAACAACAUGUGGUCCCUGGCAGCUUGUGUGGCUCUCCUGUACGCGCUGUGCGAUGUGAACUACUUCAUACGGACGCUUUUCACCAUACUGCACGUGAUGUUUCUCCCGGGAACCAUCAAAGUCACGGACAAGCAUACAAUCUACGGGUUCUGCACAACGCAGGACGUGGAUUUCCUGCUGAAUCACAUGAACAAUGGGCGCUAUCUGCGGGAGCUCGACUUCUGCCGCUUCUACUGGUACGGCCGGACACGCUUCUGGCCGCUCGGAAAUGCUAAAAACAUACUGCAGGGCGAGUGUAUGGUGCGAUACCGCCGCAUGCUACCCGUCUUCAAACCGUACAAGGUGGAAACGCAGCUCGUUUGGUGGGACGAUCGGUCGAUUUACUUCCAGCAUAAGUUUAUCACCCUGCACGAUGGGUUCGUACGUACCGUGGCCUACUCCCGGCAGCGCGCGAUCGGUGUCGAUUUGCUCGAGUACGUCAAACAGUUCCCGGAGUGUCGCGACCGGCCCGAACAGCCCGCCGUCCUGAAGGGCUGGAUCGAAGCGAACGAGGCGAGCAGUCAGGAGCUACAGAAGUGAACGAAGGCACAGCUUUCGAUCUCUCGCGCUCUCUCUCUCUCUACCUCUCUAGUUCGCUACGAUCGCUGCAGUCAUCCCUUUGGUGGCGGUUACUAUAGAAAGUUAGGGGUGCGAUCGAAGUAUGCGUUGAAAGCGCGGAUACGCACACAACCGUACUGGAAAGCUUACCAGCAGCAGGUUUUCUGGACGUAGCAGCGUAUAGUCGUCGUACGGUUUCUGCCGAGUGUGCACCUGUAAUUAAUAGCCAGCACGGUAAGAUUUAUUUAACGAUCGAAGCGCGAUCGUGAGGAAUUUGUGUUCAUUUUAACGUGCCGAUAGUGCGUAUUGUUUGUGACGAUUUUACUCGUUUUUCAAUGCGAAAUGUAAAUCGAUGUGACCUCCGUGGAUCUCUACUUCGAGUGGAGGAUAAAGUCCAAAGCAAAAGCCAUGAGACAGCAAGUCCAAAACACAAAAGCAGCCUACUUGCUUUCUUGGAGUGUUUUUUUGUUUAUUCUCUAGUCAGAGUUGGUAGUUCAGUUUAGCACACGCGUUUAACAUCAGUCGUAUCUAUUUUAAUAACAGAAGUACAUUUUCAAAAUUUAAACAAACUAAUAUGAGCAAAUAGUUUACUGUUCGUGUCUAUGAUAUAAUGUACUCGUGACGUAAGCAACCGGUUCCGGUCCAGAUUGCUGGCGAUGCAUCGACCCAGUUUGAGCACAAUAUACCACCGUACCGGUAUCGUACGGGAAAUUCGCCAUUUAGGUUGGGAAUAUAAA